UCGUCGAUUCUUGUGUUUCUCACGGAAUAACAUGGCUGCACUGGAUGAUUCAUUUCCCAUAAUAGAUGUGACAGAUUUACAUGAUGAGCAAGCGAUUGUGGAUCUAUUGCGAUUCCUGGAAUUGCGUAUCCAAAGAAGAGAUCUGUUGCAAGAAGAUGUGAUCAAGAAAGAAAAUCAUUUCAGGAACAUGUUGGUGAAACUGGAACAUGAAAAUGCAUGUUUAAAACAAGAUAAUACCGAACAGAAAAAAAUAAUCUUCACGUUAAAAGGUCGUGUCUGUAAAUUACAAAACCACAUCGAUAGCUUGUUAUGUAAAUUGAAUAAUGCAUGCGAUGCUGUGAGGAAUCUACAGCAAGAAUUGAGGGAUAGAGACAAGCAACUCCAACAAUAUACACUGGACAAGCAAAAAUUAAUACAGAGGUACAACAUUAUAAUGCAAGCGGAAACUGACAGAGUGACCGAUGAAAUGCAGAUGAAAUUGCAGGAACAGCGUGAACAGCUGAUGAGCUGUAUUAAAAAGAAGAAUGACAAAUUGAAAUUAGUGAGACAAAUAUUAACUUCAACUCGUGAGGAUACAUGCGAUAAUGUCACCUUGACGCCACCAAUAGCUUCGAGUUCGAGAAUAGAAACCAAAGAAAAAUCAACUUUGAUAAUAUCCAAGAAAAAACCUUCCUUGAUGAUGCCAAUUGAUCUUCAAGCUUCCAAAACUUCUCGUGAACAUAUCUGCCAAACAUUGUCUUCUCGUGCAAGAACAAUUUCCAAUAAUGACACCCAUGAAAAAAUCAUAGAAGGACCAUGUCUAUCGUCAUCCAAAGAAAAAAAUUCCUCAAUGACAUUUACGAAUUCUCCGAUUUCCAGCUCUUGUGAUCAGAUUCGCCAGAAAUCCUGUCACACAAGAACUGAUUCUGAUAAUGUCCAAGGAAAGAUCACAAACGAAACAAUUCUAAUGACAAUCGCAGAAUCGUCCAUGCCUUCGGAUUUGAAGACCGAGAUCGUAGAAAAACCGAACUCAAAGAUACUCGUUGAUUCGCCAUCAUCAUCUAUAAUUACUUCGCCUGAUACUACAAUUAUUACUAAAGUUAAUUGUAAUAAAAAGGAUGAGAUCCUGGUAGCGAACUCGCAAUACCAGCAAGUGCAAAAUGCAGAUAGAUGGAUAGAUCAUCGUCCUGCCAGGAUAGUUCCGACCGGUACAAUUUUACAACCACGAACACAAUCUCAUAAGCGAAUCAUCCCAAAAUUAUCAAAUCCAAAAGAUGUUAUGGUCAAAUCUUCUAGAUACUGCCAUCUUUCACAGGAACGAGACGCGGACGAUGAACUAGAGACCAAAUUAUAUAAAGCUUAUGAACUGCCGAUUUGUGAAGGGCCGCAGAUUGUAUCCAAUGAUAUAGAAUGCUUGAAACAUAUAAAACGUAAUGGAUAAAAUUCUAAAAUAAUCGGGUAAAUACAUAAAUUUUGUGUAGAUUAUCAAAAUACCUGUAAGUUCUAAGUUAAG